AUGGACCUCCACGAAGAGUUUGAGCUCCGAUCCCGUGAAACAGGACAGUGGCUCCACCAAGACAGAGUGCGUGCCGUAGCCAGGUACGACGAUUUCGUCACCAUCGACUGGAUGGAUGAUGAGUUGGAAGAACACCGAGCCCGACUAGCACACAAGAAGCCUGUGACGAAUUGGAAACAACAGAUUGUACAAAACGCACGCACGUGGCUCGUGCUCACUGCAAUGGGGAUCGUUAUUGGCGUGAUAGCGUCGUGUUUGAACAUUAUCACAGCGUGGCUAGCGCUGAUGCGGUUGGGCUACUGCUCGCUGAAUUUUUACUUGAGCCAGGGCUUCUGCUGCUGGGACCAGGAGGAGGAGUGUGCAAACUGGAGGCCGUGGCUGCGGUUCGGCAUCUUUCGCUACGUGGCCUAUAUCCUUUGGCUGGUGGUGUUCCUGGCCAUUGGGGCGCUUAUAGUGAAGCGGUUUGCUCCUGCGGCCGCUGGGCUGGGCAUCUCCGAGAUCAAGUGUAUAGUUUCCGGGUUCGUCAUGAAGGGGUUUUUAGGUUGGUGGACUUUGAUAAUCAAGGGGUUGGGAUUGCCUUUGGCCAUUGCUCUGGGGCUUUCUUUGGGUAAAGAGGGACCCUCAGUGCACUACGCUGUGUGUGUGGGCAAUUGCAUCGCAAAGCUUUUCAAAAAAUAUAGGCAGUCUGCGCUGAAGUCGCGGGAAUUUUUGACUGCCACGUCGGCAGCAGGCGUGGCAGUGGCUUUCGGUUCUCCCAUGGGGGGUGUUCUUUUCGCUAUGGAAGAAAUCUCGUCGGUCUUCCAGCUCCUGACGCUCUGGAAGUCAUAUGUGUGCGCCUUGAUUGCCGUGGCAACGCUAUCCACGCUCAAUCCCUUCCGCACGGGCCAAUUGGUGCUUUUUGAAGUUUCAUACCAUAAUACGUGGCACUGGUUUGACCUACCCUUCUACGCUAUCUUGGGCGCCUUUGGCGGCGUUUACGGAGUCAUCGUGUCGAGGCUCAACAAACGCGUUGCUGGCUUCCGCAAGAAGUACUUGGCACCGUAUGCAAUCCAUGAGGUAAUCACAUUGGCCAUCUUGAGUGCUGCUUUCUGCUAUUUCAAUCAAUUUUUGCGAUUCGAUAUGACCGAGGUAAUGCAAACCCUCUUUGACGAGUGCUCAGGCAAGUCUCUGCAUGAGUUGUGCAAGAACGACUCAAACAAAGGCGUUCUUUUCUUCUCCUUGAUUAUUGCUACGUUGGCUCGCUCGUUCUUGACCAUAAUCACCUAUGGAUGCAAAGUCCCCGCUGGUAUUUUCGUUCCUUCUAUGGCUGCAGGUGCAACAUUUGGCAGAGCUGUGGGCAUUAUCGUAGAGAAGAUUUACCAAAAGCACCCAGAUUCAUCUUUGUUUAGCACGUGUGCACCAGACCAGGCGUGUGUGAUUCCUGGAACCUACGCUUUCAUCGGCGCUGGCGCCGCUUUGAGUGGCAUUACUCACCUCACCGUAACCGUUGCCAUCAUUAUGUUUGAGCUUACGGGCGCCGUUCGUUACAUCAUCCCGACCAUGAUUGCAGUCACUGUGACCAAAUUAAUCAAUGACCGCUAUGGCAAGGGAGGCAUUGCUGACCAGAUGAUUGCAUUUAAUGGCCUUCCAUACAUCGAUCCGAAGGAAGAGUUUCUGUUCAAUGCUACCGUUGCCGAGGCAAUGUCGACUGUGACCGUUGUUUUUACCGCUGAUAGAGAAUACGCAGUUGGACAAAUAGCGAACAUCCUCAAGAAGACCCCUUACAGAGGCUUUCCCGUUGUCAUGUCGGAAAAUUCGCCUGAAAUUCUUGGUUAUGUUACCCGAUCUGACUUGGACUACGUUGUUAGGACGCAUGGCGACGAUGACGAAUGCAACUUUAGGUCCUCACCAACUCCAGAGUCUAGCGGUGUAGACAUGGCAGGGAUUAUCAAUCCUGCUCCCUUAGUUGUCAGCAUUGAUUGUACCCUCGAGUAUCUCAUGGAUAUAUUUGUUCGUCUAGGGCCUCGUCAUGUCCUCGUGCAAAAAGAUGGUUCCCUAGUCGGCACGAUCACACGGAAGGACAUUCUUCGAUACGAACACACAACACACGAAUUGCAUAAUCCUACAACUUACGAUGAUUUGGAUGCAUUGAUUUGGAGCAAAUUCCAGCAGAUUGGUUCGUACUUUUCAUCGAGUCCACUUCCCGGCUUCCAAAGAGUACCACAAAACGGUCAGUGA